AUGCCACGAGGCUCCGCCGAAACAUCCAAAAGACUUCCUACGAAGUCUUGCAGGGGGGGCGGUAGCGCCCUAAGCGGCGCUUCUCGCGUGGCUGCAGCCGUGCUGGUGGAGAGUCUCGACGACGAAGAUCCUCGCAUUCGCGCUGCUGCGGAGCGCUGGCUGUCGUUGCCUGCUGCUGCCUCCACUGCUGCAGCAGCAACAGCAGACCUCUCGGGAGGCUUUUCCGAGGUGCUGGAGGCGGCUGCUGCUCAUCUGGACGCAGUGCUGAGGCAGCCCACUGUUGAGGGGGGCCCCGUCGACUGGGGGCCCCGAGAGGAGCUGCGAGGGGUCUUGGUGGGGGCCCUCGGGCUCUCGCCGGGGGGCCCCUGGGGGCCCCCCGUGGCGCCUUGGCGGGCGCUGGAACUGCUGGGGGAUGAAACCAUCAACGGCUCCCUGCUGCAAGCAGCAGCGGCUCAACCACCUCCGCAGCGCUUCUCGGAGGACGCCUCUACACCUAGGCCGUGCUCUUCUAGUGGCAGCAGCAGCAAUCUGCAUGCAGUGGCUGCCGCUCUCUGCCGACUCUGCCGCAUUCGUCCAGCCAGCAGCUGCGCCGGCGCUUUCCGCAGAGACGGGGACGGAGGGCGACCCGCCGCUUUGCUGCUUUCAGCUGAGAGAGGCGCUGCAGAGGCUGCACUGCAGUUGGACCCCAUAGUCGCCGCUCUGUAUCCGCCUCCCGAGAGAGCUUUUUUGCGGGCCCCUCCUGGGGAAGGAGCUUUCAAGGCGGCACCAGCAGACACGGUCGCCGCUCUGCAGGGAGCCGCCGCCGAGUCUGCGGAGGGUGGAAGUGCGUAUCUUCUUGGCGAAGAGGGCAGCGCUUGCGCAUAUUGCCUGGCGGCAGCUGUUGGCUGUUCUUCCGUUGCAUCCAGCAUUCUGCUGACUGUGCGCCUAGCGCUGCUGGCAGCUCUGCGAGGCUGCGAGGUCUUGGUAGUGGCUGCAGAAAGCCUCUCCCUGUGUCUAGACGAGGUGAAGAGUCGCCCGCGCGAGGCAGCGGCAGCCUCCGAACAGUGGAAGCUCGACGCGGCGCUCUCGCUCCUUCUGGAAAUACAGGAGCAGCAGAAACAGGAGCAGCAGAAACAGGAGCAGCAGCAAACGCAGCAGCAGCAGCAGCAACGGAAGCAGGCAGAGGAAGAGCAACAAGCUGACGAGGAAGGGGAUUCCCAGGCUGCUCCGCAGCAAGAGCUAUCUCCCACCGAAAGAGUUCGUGCGUGCCCCUGUUUCUACUGCUCCCCAGACACCGGCGGUGCGUCUGCAGCAGUGUCUUCUGCACCUUCCGCAGCAGCGGCAGACGUCGAGAGAGCGGGAGUUCAAUUUCUGGUGCUGGUGUGGGGGUGUGUGGCGCGAGCCAUGGAGGCUCUGGGGGCCCUCAGGGGCCCCCACGCGCUUGCUCCCCACCUGCCGAGCGCCUUAAUUCCUCUUUUUGAGGCUUUGGGAAGCUCCCAAGAGUCUCUCGCCGCAGCUGCACGCCGACAACGACGCCAAGAGCAGCAAGCCGAAGCCGUGGAGAUCUCCACAGAGGCGUCUGGAGGGAAAGCGCAAACGACGUGCAGCGACUGCCGAGCUGUGCAGGAGGCGGAGGAAGUCGCGGCUGCCGCGGAGAGCGCCUGGGGGAGCACCCCGCGAACCCUUCGAAGGUGUACGGACGGUUCAAAGUGCCUUCUGCAGACGGAGGGAAGUCUCUUGCUGGACGAACUGGCUUGUCGCGUGCACCGGCUCUCCAGCGCGUGGGAGGCUUCUUCUCCGGCCGACGCGGAGGGGCCUCAUGUGGUUUCUCUUCUCUCCGCCGUCAUUGCGUUGGCAUCGCCUUCCCUCAUGGGGCCCCUGGGUGCUCUCCUGACCACGCUGCUGCAGCAGCAGCUGCAGCAGCAGCAGCAGCAGCAGCAGCAGCAGCUGCAGCAGCAGCUGCAGCUCGCCUGGGGCCCCCUUGACGCCGGCUGCGAGGGGGCCCCCGAGCCGAAGCCAAGCGCUGCAGCCAUGCCCCUCUGGCUGCUCAGGCUUCUCUCCGUGUUUGCUUUCUUCUUAUCCAACAGAGUCGUGACUUCUCGGAGGGCCUCUUAUGCCGCCUCUUGGGGGGGCCUGGCAGCGCUGCUCGGAUGCGACGAGGACGGGAAGGCGCUGGACGGUUCAGACGCCGCAGCGGACUCUCCGGGAAGAGACGCCUCCGACGCGGGGGGGGCGAGAGAGACUGCCUCUCUGGAGGCGGGGGAGAGGCUGCGACGAGGCCUCUUUGGAGACUUGCGCAUGCAGGCGACGCAUGUGUUGCUGCACGUUCGACUCCAUUUACGAGACAGCAGGCCCUUAGCCGCGGCGUACGCGCAUCUUGCGGCUUUGAGAUGCCUCGUGGUGCUGUCAACGCGGGAGCGAGAGCUCCUUCCCAGGGUUCACGAAGUAAGUUUCGCGUUGAAAGAGAGAGUCGCAGAGGCGGAUUCGCCCCUCAAGGUAUUCCAGAAUCGGCGGGCGGGAGGUGCUGUCUUUGCCUGCUCUUUGGACGCUUGGAAGGCUCUUGGAAGCCGUAACCAAGCCUCGACUGAUGUGCGGGGAGAAGAGGGGCCUUGA